CAACAAAAUGGCUGCGCCCUGUUGAACAAUUUCCAUUCUUCUAAUUCAAUGAAUAAACUAACUAAACUAGUGUAGUUUAGUGGAACUAAAUCGAAAGAAAGCGGUUUUAAAUGUGCAGCUGUCAUGGCCACGGCGGCGCCCCCACGCCAUGCACGGAAGCAGAUCUCCACGCCUUCUUCUGUCGCACAGGUAAGCAUGUCACCAGCUCCAAGUUGGACAGAUGACCUUCCUGUGUGCCACUUAUCUGGAAUUGGUUUCUCCACCAAUCAGAUCUAUCGACCGGAUGGAGGGAGAGAGGAGGAACAUGAGUGUGAGGAUCUUUUCUUCCGCUUCAGGUUUGAUGAUGAGCACUACUUAUAUGGCGUGUUUGAUGGUCAUGACGGAAUGCAUGUUGCAGACUUUGCACGUCUUCGAUUGCCAGCUGAACUUCUUUUCGGUCAGUUGAUGGAGAUUGGAGACGAUGAUGUGGUAAAGAAGGUACUCUUCCAGGCUUUUAAUACCGUCGAUCUAGGCUACUUCGAGAGUAUAGACGGUCUGCUGGCAGAGAGAACUAAUCUUAAACUACAGCUUCCAGAGGACCUGAGUUAUUAUGAGCUGUGUCAGCAGUACCCAAGUGAGGUUGAUAAACUCCAACAACUGGAUAGUGGCAUCUGUGGUGGUGCAUCUGCUAAUGUGGCACUUAUACUAGGAGGGAAGCUGUAUGUCGCCAAUGUGGGUGAUUCAAGAACAAUACUUUGCUCCAAAGAACAAGACGGUAGUCUAAAGAUAAAACAACUCAGCAUCGAUCACACCUUACAAAAUGAAGACGAGGUCCUAAGGCUGACCCAAAUAGGCGUUGAUCCCGCACUCAUACAAAGAAAUCAUCCAGAAGCCAUCACGACAAGACAAAUUGGCGAUCAUCACUUGAAGGGCGGUUACAAGGAACACAUCAUUCUAAGUGAUGCUAAAACAGAACCUGUAAUAGCUGAACCAGAGAUCAUAGGAGGGCUUCAACUGAAUGGAAUAUGUGGCUUUUUAGCAAUGUUCACCAAUGGACUUCAAAAAUCUCUCGUGGAUGCGACGGGAACAAACCAACCCAAUGUGGAUAUAGCGCACAUGAUAGCGGCGGAGUUUAGUGUGCAGUCUACACUCAGUGGUGUCGCUCAAGGUGUGGUGGAUAAGGUGAUUCGCAUUCACCACGAUACUUACUUAGGGAACAGUUCUCGUGCCAAAGCAUGUCAGAAACGAGAGGAUAUCACCCUCCUGGUGAGGGAUUUUGGUUAUCCUUUAGGUACUAGUGUGAAUAGCCCCACUAUGCAGUACAAUCCAGUAACGGUUCCUUACCAACCUGGCAAGGUUUCAAGCGGACAUCCGCCGAUGCUUAUUAUCCCACCAAGGCCUGGUUUCCCCGGCCAGGCUUCUCCGCAGCCUAUCAACCUAAUCUCAUUAGAACAAAUGACGCCUCUAUCGAUAAACGUGGAUCCGAUGUCGCCAGCCUCAUCACGUACUAGUACCAUUGGGUCUCCAACGAGUAGCAGUGUGUCUACGCCAUGCAGUAAUCUCAACGAUACAGACCCUAACACCACCCAGGAAUCCCGGAGCAACACCAACGACAGCGACACUCAGAACAGUGGAGAGGAACCCUUUUUGUUUCAGCGUUUACAUGUGGCUAGUCCACGCCCCAGACAGCCUGACGAGGAAGGCUACAUUGAGCCGUACGUGGAUUUCUCCGAGUUUCAUGAAGUGUACGCCGCAGCGAUAAGCGAUCAUCAACUAUCUCAGUAGGAAAAAUGUAAUAUUUUAAAACUGGUGCAAAAGUGUCCAAAUGGUGUAUAUAUUAAUUUAAUAUUUGGUCACAUUAACUGAUUGAUUCCAGUUAUGAUAUAUACUUUGUUUUAUAAAAUUUGUCAAAUUAAAUUGUUGCGAUCGACAAAAAUAAUGCAAAUCGGUCUUUGCCAGCAAAAAUGUCAAGAGUAACGGUCAGUUUCUGAUUGGUUAGUGUUAAGCCCAGUUCAUACUUCUGCGAGUGCUUCUUGUUAAUGGAAGUUUCUUGAGUCACAAUAGAAAAAAAAACAGCGCGUACCCAUUAUUGCAUCACCGAAUUCCGCAAUCGCAUUUUAAGGAAGUAUGAACCGUUACUGUGACGGGUUUGUCAAAAGUCAAAGUCAUUGGUCAGCGAUGAUGAUUGACCACUCUCGCUGUGAGGUGCAGGGUUUGUCCCUUUAACAAAGACUAGUCAGCAGGACCAGUCAGAGUAUCAUUUCACUAGUCCACUAGUUUUUUAACCGGUCCAUAUAUGUAUUUAAUUUUCAAGUUUUCCUUCAACAUAACCAUUGGGAAUUUGAACUGAUAGUGACAUGAUUUGGUUUACAUGAAGCAUAGGGACUUUAGCCAAAACUAGCCAGUAUAUUGCGCCACAGCAUCUUGUAAACCAUUACAUGGUGCUUUAUUAAAUGAUUAGGUCUUAUAAUUCAAAUCG